GCCGCUCGCCACCCGUCAGUCGCCCGCCGACUCCGCUUGUGCUUGUGUGACUCGCGCUGCUCCGUGCACCGCACUCGUGCUCCGAACACGACGCGUGCCGCCCUAUCGUGGCCGCGAACGCGACCUCCAGCUACCGGCGAAUCGUUUCUCCUAACUUACGUGCGACUUGCUAUGAUUUGACUUUUGGACAUUUACGCUCCCUUACCCAGCUUGUUUAUCCCUCACCAUAGUUGAGCCCCCUGCACCACAUCGGCUUUCUCGCUGACCGCCGAGCCGCUAAAUUGCUUUUUCGCGCCCUACCGUCGCCAACCCAGUUCCGCACCGGCCGCUGCCGCCAUGCUCGCACACCAGACACCGCUCGCCCUCUACUAAAUCAAUUGUCGACAUCGAUACGAACGCGUGUGAUUAUUAUUAAUAUUUUGAUAUUUGCCUAAAUAAGCUUGCAACGUCGGUGUCUUUAAUUCUUCUAAUCUAUCGUACGAUUAACAUCUCAGUAAAUCAUCAACCGAACCGCGAGCUAAUCGCCAGCGGUGUUCCUAUUCUUUCGCGUGUGCAGAAGUGUAAAGUGAAGGGUGCGCGAGCGCCAUAGUGGUGACAGAAUCAUCUCGCCCCGAGUAAGUGAGAAGUGCAUGCUCGGAGCGCGCAGGCGCGCUCUCUCGUCGCCGCAUAUGCGCCGCACUCGCCUCGCUGAAUAGUGCGAGCGCGUAUCCUCGACCACAGUGGCAACAAUGGCAACCAUGGUGAACAUGAACAGCCUUCUGAACGGUAAAGACUCGCGUUGGCUGCAACUCGAAGUAUGCAGAGAGUUCCAACGGAAUAAGUGCUCGCGACCUGACACCGAGUGCAAGUUCGCACAUCCUCCGGCCACUGUUGAAGUACAGAAUGGAAGAGUAACUGCCUGCUACGACAGUAUCAAGGGACGGUGUAACCGAGAGAAACCACCCUGCAAGUACUUCCACCCCCCGCAGCAUCUUAAGGAUCAGCUGUUGAUUAACGGUCGGAAUCAUCUAGCAUUAAAGAACGCCCUGAUGCAGCAGAUGGGCCUUACGCCGGGCCAGGUGCUUCCUGGCCAGGUCCCAGCAGUUGUGGGCGGCGUGAGCGGCGCGGGUGCGGCCGCCAGCCACAUCGCGGCCCUGGACCCGAUCAGUCUCGCCCUGCUCGCCCCGCAGGCAACAUCACCUUACUUAUCGGGUGUGCCCGGAGUGGGCUCGACGUAUGCUCAAUACUAUGCGCCGCAGCUGGUUCCGGCUGUGUUGGGUCACGACCCGUCCGCGGCAGCCGCCUCGCCACUAGGAGUCAUGCAGCAGCCCGUAUUGCAGCAGAAACUGCCGCGUACUGACCGUCUUGAGGUGUGCCGGGAGUUCCUGCGCGGCGCGUGCAAGCGGGCAGAGUCCGAGUGUCGCUUCGCGCACCCGCCGCCACCGGUGGUCGCUCACGACGACGGCUGUGUCACGGUGUGCAUGGACGCCGUCAAGGGCCGCUGCGUCCGCGACCCCUGCCGCUAUUUCCACCCUCCCCUGCACCUGCAGGCGCACCUUAAGGCGCAGGCGCGCGGCGCGAUGGACAUGAAAAGCGUCGGUUCCUUCUAUUACGAUAACUUCGCCUUUCCCGGUGUGGUCCCGUACAAAAGACAAGCUGCUGACAAAGCCGGAGUUCCCGUAUACCAGCCGGCGACUACUUACCAGCAACUGAUGCAGCUGCAGCAGCCAUUCGUGCCCGUGUCAUGCUGUGCGCCACCAAACGCUCCCUACGUGGAGUAUACGGACGAGCGCGGACAGUUACUGGACACCCUCCCGGUGUGCCAAGAUUUUAAUCGACAAGGAUGUACGAGACCUACCUGCAGAUUCGUUCAUAUUCGUGAAGGGUGCGGGCUGCAGGUGGUGGGGUGCCGCGUGGUUGUGUGCCGCGACGCUGCCGCCGGCACAUGUCGCCGUGCCGCUUGCCGCUACUACCACAUCCCCGUGCAGCUACCUCCCGCGCUGCGCCCCCCCUAACCUCACCCUCCCCCACUCCCACACACACACACACACAUACACACACUCACUCACACACCCUCACCCUGCCCGCCGACACACGCACCCCGCCCCCACCCCCGGCCCCAUCCCUCCGCCGCAUCAUCUCAUGCGACCCUCGUCGUCCGUAUCCCCUGAUACACUCGGAAUUGCAGGUUCGUUAGUCUGGUACUGACGCUCCACGGCGGAGACUCGACCCGAGCGUGAGGCGAGCGUGCGGGGAGUCCCCACCCCCGCCCCCCCUCACGCUCGCCUCACCUCCAGGGAAUGAGUGUGUACAUAGUAGCGGGUUAAGAUUCUCAGGCACGGUCACGGUCAUGCGAUUGUGAUAUGAAUAUAUAGAAUGAACACGAGACGCCGGAGUCGUUUGUAUGAUGUCGAGAUCGUUGAACAGUAGUUAGUGAGGUUUCAAAUGUUUUAUUACUAUUGUAUAUUAUUUUUUUAAGAUACGAUAUGAGUUCCUGUAAAGAUUCGCGAGACUUUGUUGUAAAUAAGCGAGGUUAAUAUACGGGCGAUGCUAGUGCCCGGCCGGCCGUCCGCCGCGCCGAGCAGGUCCGGUUUGCAUCACUCCUACUUACUAGCAUUUUUGUGAGAAUUAUGUUACUUUUUUUUACUGUGUUAUGAAAUUAAAUUUAUGUUUUUAUAGAUGACAAGUUUUACACUAGAUUAGAUUAAGUGGAUCAGUUAUGAAACACCAAUAGAGUAGCCGCUUCUCUCCUUCGGCACUGAUACUAUUGAGGCCGGAGCACAAUACAAGUUGUGGAGCGCCGCUUCGUCCGUUCGGUUACCGUCGCUGUGCCGCGUUACUGUGUCCCUCACCUUAGAUUAGAUCACGACACUCGUAGAGUGAUAGUGGACUACCAUUCGGAAAACUAUUUAACUUGUCGGACAAUAUUAAACGAAGAAGGCAAACUUCCAAGCUAAAUUUUAGGAUAUAACGUUGGCUUUAUUCCCGAUAGAUUUUGCUAGAUAAUCAUUUUAUUUUUUUAAUCAAUUCCCGUCUAACGAAGCACAAAAUAGCGACCGAUGAUCGUUUCUCGAACGACCUUUCGACGAGCACAGAUCUAUAAAACAGCUCCCCUGUAUUGUUUUCUAUAUAAACAGUAUUAACUUUGAUCAAAUUAAUCUCGUCGUAUGUAUGUAGAGGUGAUAUGCGGAUAGAGAGAGGCGGGAAAUGCCGCGUCGCCGGGCGCUCUGUGUCGCUCGAUAUCGCUCGGUGUUGCUCGAUGUUGCUCGCUGUCUCUCGGUGACGCUCGGUGUCGCUCGGCAUCGCUCGGUAUCGCUCGGUGACGCUCGGUGACGGAGCAUCUUCCCGAGGCAUGGAAGCCUUAUGCCUAUUAUUAUUCCUAGUCCAUAUCCUUUUUGUUGAUCAGUCAUGCGAUUAAUGUUAGAAUAAAAUAUUAAUAAUUUGAUUUAUUCCUCCCAUUUAGUGGAUAUUUUGAUAAUGAUAUAUUAAUAAUGAAAUAUUUAAGAUACAUAAUACAUAUUUGAUUCUAAAUCCUGAUAAAGUGACACUAUGUUAGUUAUUUAGUCGGAGGGAUACUUGUGCCGUGAUUAUAUUUUUAGGUAUAUAUAUUAUGAAAUAAUUCCUAGCGUCGGAAUUAAAGAAGUGAUUAAUGUGUAAGUGCGUUAUAUUUAUUGUCGUAUAUUGUAAGUGGAAUGCCAUAUCGAUAAAAGAUGAAUAUCGGAAGAUGGAGUCAAACUCAUUAGGAGACGGUUGCGUUAGUGUUUGGUUGGUUGUAUGGUUACAGUGUCCCAGCCACGACCUGCUCCCCGGAGCACGGCCGCCGGCGCCUGGACAGUUCGCUUUUAUCAAUACGGCACUAUAUGACUUAAAUACAUAAGUUGUCAUUUAUUAUUUUUUUUUUGUUAAAUUUUAUAGUUUCAUGGAUUAUUUGUUGCCUAUUAUUUUUAUUACCAAAAUUUUAUGAUCUGACGCAUUUAUUGUAAGACAAUCGAUUACUUUUAUAAUUAAUUAGUGUGAUAAUAAUAAUAAUUAUGGUAUUAAAUUGCCGUUAUAAUAUGAACAUCGAAAGUAUCCUUCCUGUUUAGAAGGGACUCGUCUGGCCCAAGGUUUCUAGUGGAUUUUUUAUAUUUUUCUUUUGUUGUAUUUUUAAUGUUGCGUGUGUCUUACACAUAAUAUAUUUCAUUUUUGUGAUAUUUUUAACUAUAAAGUACUGUUAUUAUAAAUCCAAAUGGAAUAAUGAAGACCUAAUUAAAUAUUCAAGAAUUUAUUUGUAAAUCACAAAAAAAAAUGUAAAACUGUAAAUAUAUUAACAAAAAAAAAUGAACUGCAACACAAUAAUUAUUGAUUAUUAUUAUAACUCUCAUCAAGUACGCUGUAAGUUCUUCAGUACCUUGUGGUGGUAUAUUAUUAUGUAGUAGGUACAUCUACUAAAAGGUAAACCGGUCCAGAGAACAAAGUAUUGAUAAUAUUGUGACAUUUUUUUAUUCACGAGCAAUCACAGAAAGUACAUGACAUUGUAAUAUUAUUUAUGAAAUUACUAUGUGAUGUGAUCUUCGGAUCAAUUUUGAGUACAGUAUAGAUAAUAAACAACUGAAUAUGUAA